AUGAGCCUGCCGUCUUCGCUCUUACAAACGCUGCGUAUCACAUCCUCCCGGUUGCCAAUUUCAGCUGGAAGAAAUGGCGCAGCAAAGCUGUCAAUGUUGCAUGGUGCCCGAAGAGCAACCAGUUGGAAGAGAUCUAUUCAUUCAAGUCAGACGGGCGGGCUGAGGGAGAAAGACUCAGCAGGUGGCAAGGAACAAGCUCCACACCGCCAUAGGCAUCACAAACCAGAACCAGACAUGGAAGAAGCGGAUUCGUUUGCUAAGGAGUUCGACUCUCGUAUUCCUUCCAACAAGGCCAAGCCUGCACUCAGCGACGCAUACCAGCAUAGCGGAGUAGACGCAAAGCACCCUAAACGGCCAUCACGGGAAGAACUGAGCGAGGAAGAAAGGCAUAAGAUGGAUGAACGGGAGGAGGACGUGAAGCGGCAUAAUUACGAUAUGGAGCAACGGCACGGCCGAGCAUAUAGUCAAAUCACGCAGGAAGGGGAAGUGGAAACGAUAGAUGAGAUGGAAGAGGCGCGGUUCAAGGGCGAGGAAUAG